ACAAAUGGUAGGCGUACUUUUUUUCAGAAAAAGGGACACCAUCACGUGACAUAUUAGAACGAGGAAUGUUCCCCAGUGCAAUAACGCCCGUGUUCUUUUCUAGGCUAAUGACCCACAACAGAUACACAUGUCCGGAGAACCACCUCCAUGUGUCAUGGUACGACAGUGCCUGGAUACCACUCCUCAACCAGUCUAAUGUCCUUGACUACUUCUCUGAACGGAGCAAUCCAUUCUACGACCGCACAUGCAACAACGAGAUCAUCAAGAUGCAGCGACUUGGUGUCGAACAUCUCAGUAAUAUGACUGGACUGGAGUACAUCCUACUGCAUGUACAGGAACCUAUCCUGUAUGUCAUUAGGAAGCAGUUCCGGCAGUCACCCACUCAAGUGAGCCCACUGGCCAUGUACUACAUCAUUGGAGGGAUUGUGUACCAGGCACCGGACCUCGGCUCUGUCGUAAACUCCAGAUUGCUAAAUACUGUACACAAUCUCCAGUCUGCAUUUGAAGAAGCACAGUCCUUCUCCAAGUACAAUCCUUCCAAAGGUUACUGGUGGGAGUUCAAGGACAAGGAAGAGAAAGACAAACCUGAAGGGAAGGAGAAGAGGAAGCGUGAGGAGCCGAGCUCACUGUUUCAGCGCCAGAGAGUGGACCUGCUGCUUGGAGAGUUGGGCAAGAAGUAUCCACCCCAAUUUGUGGCCCCCAGUCAUCCAGAAAACAAAGAGGAGGCUGCCAAGCCAGAGGUGAAGCAGGAGGUGAAGCAGGAAAAGGCAGAGGACAAGAACAGCUCCUCAUCCCCAGCCGCCAAUGCUGCCAUGAAGCCUCCCCCAGAGAAGAAGGCCAAGAUGAUGCGAUGAUAAUCAGUGCGGCUUGUCCUAGUGGACAAAGUUUAGGUGAAGGCCAUGGUUUAUUUGGCUGAAUGGACACAGUUGAGGUGGAGGUCAGUGUGGCUUGACCUAGUGGACACAUUUGAGGUGGAGGUCAGUGUGACUUGACCUAGUGGGCAUAGAUGAGGUGAAGGUCAGUGUGACUUGACCUAGUGGACACAGAUGAGGUGGAGGUCAGUGUGACUUGAGCUAGUGAACACAGUUGAGGUGAAAGUCAGUGUGGCUUGAUCUAGUGGACACAGUUGAGGUGAAGGUCAGUGUGACUUGACCUAGUGGACACAGUUGAGGUGGAGGUCAGCGUGACUUGACCUAGUGGGCAUAGAUGAGGUGAAGGUCAGUGUGACUUGACCUUGUGGACACAGAUGAGGUGAAGGUCAGAGUGAGUUGACUUAGUGGACACAGUUCAGGGGAAGGUCAGUGUGACUUGACCUAGUGGACACAGUUGAGGUGAAGGUCUGUUUGUCUUGACCUCGUGGACACAAUAAUUGUUACUAGUUGGCAGAUAGACUGGAGAAUGGCUGGAACACCUCGGUGGCAGGAGAUGUACAUGGAUUUAAAGUAGUAUAUCUGCAGAAUAUAUGUUGCGAGUGCUAUAAAGAUAAGGUGUUACUCCUGGGUUACUUAACACUGAAAAGCGAAUUCAGUUCCAAUCAUUGACACAGCGUUGAAUAAACAAUUGAGAAAGUUUACUCUUAGGUUAACGUCUCAUGUAAUAAGGUAGUUUGAUUAUAUUGAUAUCCAUCUUGUUACUGGAGAAUCUGUGUUGUAUGUUUACAUUCUUAUCACCGUCAUGUCAUUGCUGUAUAUAGACUCAGUAAUAAAACUGAUGCCACAUAAA